UACUCGAUCGUUCUUCUUCUUUGAGCUAGAACGCUCUUUAUCUGGGAUCCUCCAGUGGAGGAAAGUUGAUCGUUCCAUACGCAUUGUAAUGACUAGAAGGAAUGUAAGUGGAAAUGCCAACGCCAGUGGCUCCAAAUCUUUAGGGCUCAAUAGCGAUGGACCGCCCUCAUCCUUGGCGCCGCUCCACAAGCUCUUCUUCUUUGCCGAUCGAUGCGACCACUUGCUCAUGGCGCUGGGAUCGCUCGGCGCCAUCGCGCACGGCCUGGCGCUGCCGAUUUUCUUCUUCUCCUUCGGACGAUUGGCUCAUGUUCUUGGAUCGGACAAGGAUCUUCGGCACAUGUAUCACAGCGUGUCCAAGGUGGCAUUGGAUUUCUUGUAUCUGGGAUUGAUCCUCUUUGGCGCGUCUUGGCUAGAGGUUGCGUGCUGGAUCCAGACCGGAGAGCGGCAAUGCAGGAAGAUCAGGAUCAGCUACUUGGAGGCAAUCCUGCGGCACGAUAUCUCGUUCUUCGAUCGCGACGACGCGAGGACUGGGGAGCUCGUUAGCAGCAUUUCCUCCAACACUUUGCUCAUCCAGCAGGCUAUAAGCGAGAAAAUGGGAGUCCUCAUCCAUCACGUUUCCACGUUUUUUGGAGGCAUCGCAUUGGGAUUUGCAACUGUGUGGCAGCUCGGACUUUUGACGCUGGCAACCGUACCGGUGGUCAUUCUAGCUGGAGGUCUCUACGCUCAUGUCAUCACUGGCGUUUCAUCGAAGACCCAGAAGGAAUACGACAAAGCGGGAAACAUCGUUGAAGGAGCAAUUUCUCAAAUUCGGACAGUCUAUUCGUUUGCCAGAUGCUCGUGUUCUUCACGACCUGAGCCUCAGGAUACCGCCUGGAAAUCGAUAGCCAUUGUUGGCCCCAGUGGUUCUGGGAAGAGCACGAUUAUAUCUCUCAUUGAAAGGUUUUACGACCCAACUUCAGGAGAAAUUCUCUUGGAUGGUUACAACACCAAAUCUCUACAAUUAAAAUGGCUCCUGUCACAGAUUGGUCUCGUUAACCAAGAACCAGCUUUGUUCGCUACCACCAUCGCGCAAAACGUACUUUACGGCAAAGAUGAUGCGAACAUGGAGGAGAUAAAGCUGGCUGCCAGGACUUCAAAUGCGCACGAUUUUAUAAAUCAGCUUCCUCAAGACUACGAAACACAGGUUGGUUCAAGAGGCGUACAACUUUCUGGAGGCCAAAAGCAGAGGAUAGCCAUAGCUAGAGCAUUGGUCAGAAAUCCAGCGAUACUGUUGUUGGAUGAGGCAACCAGUGCUUUAGAUGCUGAGUCCGAGAAUGUGGUACAAAACGCACUCACAAAAUCAUGGUGGCAAGAACGACAGUUAUUAUAGCACACAGGUUGUGUACUG